AUGCACGACACCAUCUUCAUAGAUGAAUCUAUGAUUUGUUUCAAGGGCAGAUCGUUAAUCCGUCAAUACAUGCCUAAAAAACCCAUAAAAUGGGGCUAUAAGGUUUGGACCAGAGCAGAUAUAACUGGAUACAUUGAUGAAUUUCAAAUAUAUACAGGGAAAGUCAAUGAUACAGUAGAGACACAGUUAGGACCAAGAGUGAUAAAGGAUUUUACAAGGUCUCUGAUUGGAAAAAAUUAUUUUGUAUAUUUUGACAAUUAUUUCACGUCACUGCCGCUACUUAGGCAGUUGCGAGCAGAGAACAUUCACGCAACAGGAACCAUUAGAAAGAAUAGAAUAGGAAUACCUGGAGAUUUCAUAGCUCAUAAAAUGCUGAAGCGUGGUGAUUUCGAUUGGCGAAUGACUGAUGAUGGAAUUUCAUGUGUAAAAUGGAUGGACAAAAGAAUAGUUCUCUUAGCUUCCAAUUGCGAAAAUCCAUCUGAAACAGACAAUGUGACAAGGAAAAAGAAAAAUGGUGAGACGGAAAAUAUUUCUUGUCCUAAGAUUUUGAAGAAUUAUAACAAAAAUAUGGGCUUCGUAGAUAAAGCGGACAUGCUGAAAAAAACUUAUGAAAUCGAUAGAAAGAGUAAAAAAUGGUGGCCACGUAUAUUCUGGCACUUUAUCGAUGUCAUCGUAGUCAAUGCCUUCAUAAUUCAUCAAAAACGAUGUGGAGACAGCAGGAGCAUGAAUCUGAAGGAGUUUCGUCUGGCUAUAAUAGCAGGAUUGGUAGGAGCUGGAAAUGGGACACCGAAAAAAGGUAGAGCCUGUUUGGAACGAAAUAUAAAUCACUACAAGCCCAAUGUUCCACUAGAAAAGAGAUACUUGAAAUUAAGUUAUCAAGGGAUGAUGAAUUGA